UUCUUGUGGUUGCUUUCCGUCCUGAUGGCAAGGAGCUUGCAGUUGCUGCUUUGAAUGGACAGAUAACAUUUUGGGAUCAUGAAAAUGCAGUGCAAACUGGCUCAAUUGAGGGAAGGCAUGAUCUUCAGAUGGGAAGGAAGGAGCUUGAUAAAAUAACUGCAAAACAAGCAGCUAAGGGAAAAUCGUUUACUACUCUGUGUUACUCAGCAGAUGGUCAGUCUAUUCUGGCAGGUGGAUUGUCAAAAUUUGUCUGUAUAUAUAAUGUCAAGGAACAGAUUCUUGUGAAAAAAUUUGAAAUCUCAUGCAACUUUUCUUUAGAUGCAAUGGAGGAGUACUUAGAUCGGAGAAAAAUGACUGAAUUUGGCAGCAUGGCUCUGAUUGAUGAAGGGGCUGGAGAUGACGAUGGUGUUGCUAUUCCUCUUCCUGGAGUAAAAAGAGGUGACAUGAGUUAUCGACACUUUAAACCAGAAAUAAGAGUGACUUGCCUGCGAUUCUCUCCCACGGGACGAAGCUGGGCAGCCACCACCACAGAGGGUCUUCUUAUCUAUUCACUGGACUCUGGACUAAUUUUUGAUCCUUUUGAUCUGGAUAUUGAUGUCACACCCAGCAAUAUACACAAAACACUGCAUCAGAAGGAAUACACUAUGGCUAUCAUCAUGGCCUUCAAGCUGAAUGAAAAGAAAUUAAUUCAGGAGGUCAUAGAGGCGGUACCUAGCAAUGAAGUUGAUGUUGUCUGCUCGUCACUCCCAGACCUGUACGUGGAGAAACUAUUGGAGUUCCUGGCCUCUGCAUUUGAGAUAUCAUGUCAUUUAGAGUUCUAUCUUACUUGGGCUCAUAAGUUGCUUAUGCUGCAUGGACAGAAACUGAAAACAAGGUCAGUCAGGCUGCUCCCUGUGAUUCAGUUCCUUCAGAAAAGCAUCCAACGUCAUUUUGAAGAUGUUUCCAAACUCUGUGAGUGGAAUAUCUACAAUAUUAAAUACGCAUUGGCCAUUUCACAACAGCGGGGCAUGAAACGUCUGGCAGAAGAAACAUCAGUAGAUGAAGAUGACUUGGAUUCUGACAGUGAUUAUCUUAUGCAAGAAGUUCAUAAAGACAAUUUUAGUUCCUAGUUACUCUUUGUGGGAGGGAGAAGACGUAAGACUAAUUUUAUGCAGUGGUAUUCACUGAGAAUGAGUGGCCCUCAUAGUGGCAUAUUUUAACUCUUUUUAACAGUGUGGACGGAGUUACAUGUGAGCUGUAGAAGUGGGGGAAAUGUAGGACAGACAAAGUGCCAUCCAUGGUGUAUUUGGUGUACCCU